AUGAAGUUCACAGCAGCAACCACUCUUCUCCUUGCGACUGUCGCGCUCGCCAGCCCAGCACCCGUCGCCAACCCAGACGCGGUAGCUGAACCAGCACUCAUCGGAUCUCGCGCCCAAUUUCGCGAAGCGCUUGCCGCACGCGACAUCCUGGUUAUGCCAGAAGUUCAACUCGAAGAACGAGCUAGCAGCGGCGGCAAGGGAGGAGGCAAGGGUGGAAAGGGCAGCGGUGGAAAAAACACCACUGAGAGCGCGGCGUCCGACAUGCUCUCACCAAGUCGCGCUCUGCAGAUCACUGCACUGGGUCUGGGCGUUAUGGAGGUUGUCAGGCUCUGGGGUUAG